ACUAACAUGUGUGUUUUCCUCAUAUUUUUGAUUAAUAUAUAUCAACCGAACAUCUUAUCUUCCACGAACGGUGAAAUAUAUAUUUCGUUUCCCAAAAAAUGACGAAACCAUGCGUUUCAUAUAAAGCCGACCUGUGGGCAAAGAAAUUAUUCCAAUUCAUUCACAUCCAUUUUUUCUUAUCUCUACCAGAACUAUGACAUCAACAAACCAGACAGCCCUGAGUUUUUUGGUACUAAUCUUCUUCUCUGCUACUUUGCUUUCACACACUACAUCUAGGUUGCUCCCUGAAACUUCCAGCUAUGAGAGCCACGAACAAUGGAUGGCCCGUUAUGGACGCGUGUACAAGGAUGCUGAUGAGAAAGAACAACGUUCAAAGAUUUUUCAAGAGAAUGUUCGGUACAUAGAGUCAUCCAACAGUGUCAUGAACAAAGCUUACAAACUAGCAGUCAAUGAGUUUGCAGACCUUACAAACCAAGAGUUCACGAGCACAAGGAACCGAUUCAAGGCACACGAAUGUUCCCCAUCGACCUCUGCUUUCAGGUAUGAAAAUGUGACAGCAGUUCCAUCAUCAAUGGACUGGAGAAAGAAAGGAGCAGUAAUACCUGUUAAAGACCAAGGCCAAUGUGGGUGUUGCUGGGCGUUUUCAGCUGUGGCAGCUAUGGAAGGAAUAACCCAACUGAAAACAGGUAAAUUGGUGUCUCUAUCCGAACAAGAGCUCGUGGACUGCGACACCAGUGGUCAGGAUCAGGGAUGUGAGGGCGGUCUUAUGGACGACGCCUUUGAUUUCAUCCUAAACAAUAAAGGCCUUACUACAGAGAGCAACUACCCGUACAAAGGAGUCGAUGGCACCUGCAACAGCAACGAGGAAUCUAACCAUGCUGCAGCGAUUACGGGUCAUGAAGAUGUUCCUGCUAAUAGUGAAAGUGCACUUUUGAAAGCUGUCGCUAGUCAGCCUAUUUCUGUGGCCAUUGAUGCUAGUGGGUCCGACUUCCAAUUCUACUCUAGCGGGGUGUUUACGGGAGAAUGUGGUACUGAACUAGACCAUGGUGUUACUGCGGUUGGUUAUGGAGCGAGUGCAGACGGAACUAAAUAUUGGUUGGUGAAGAACUCUUGGGGAACAGGUUGGGGUCAAGAGGGGUACAUAAUGAUGCAAAGAGAUGUUGAUGCGCAAGAAGGCCUUUGUGGCAUUGCCAUGAUGGCUUCCUACCCGACUGCAGAAUUGUGUAACAUCAAGAGUAAUUAUUGUAAAUUAAGUGUAUUUACAGUUAUGUUAUUACAAGGAAACAUGUAA